ACUACACUCCAAGCCCCAACUGCUGCAUCCACUUUGUAAAUCUUUCCUUGCUUUUCCAAUUGAAAAUUAUGCCUGAAGAAGCUGAUCUGGGGAGAAAAGUAUUAAUCACACCCAUCAUGUUGGAGGAUUUUCUCAGCCCUGAAAGCACCGUUUCACUGACCUGCUCGACUCUCCCAGAAGCCUCCCCACCAGGAAGUGGUAUGCCGGAGAGAUCUCUGGUGUUGUUUUGACAAUGAUGGAGGAAGAAGAAUUUGAAUUUGCUGAGGAUUUGGAGGCUAUUUUGCAUCUAACCCCAGAGGUGCAACUAGCCAUUGAGCAGGUUUUCCCCAGCCAAGACCCACUGGACAGAGCAGACUUCAAUGCUGUGGAGUACAUCAACACACUGUUCCCCACCGAACAGUCUCUGGCUAAUAUUGAUGAUGUGGUAAACAAGAUUCGUCUGAAGAUUCGGCGUCUGGACGACAAUAUCAGGACGGUGGUGAGAGGCCAGACCAAUGUGGGCCAGGAUGGCAGACAGGCAUUGGAGGAGGCCCAGAUAGCCAUCCAACAACUCUUUGGCAAAAUCAAAGACAUCAAGGACAAGGCAGAGAAGUCUGAACAAAUGGUUAAGGAGAUUACAAGGGACAUAAAGCAGUUGGACCAUGCCAAGCGCCACCUAACCACAUCUAUCACCACCCUCAACCACUUGCAUAUGCUGGCAGGGGGUGUGGACUCUUUAGAAGCCAUGACCAGGAAGAGGCAGUAUGGUGAGGUGGCCAACUUGCUGCAGGGGGUCGUCAAUGUGCUUGAGCAUUUCCACAAGUACAUGGGCAUUCCCCAGAUCAGACAGCUUUCUGAGAGAGUAAAAGCAGCACAGAGUGAGUUGGGGACUCAGAUCCUGGCAGACUUUGAAGAAGCCUUCCCCUCUCAGGGCUCCAAGAGACCAGGUGGUCCCAGUAAUGUGCUGAGAGAUGCCUGUCUGGUGGCCAAUGUGCUGGACCCACGCAUCAAACAGGAGAUCAUCAAAAAGUUCAUCAGGCAGCACCUCUCAGAGUACCUGGUGCUCUUCCAGGAAAACCAAGAUGUUGCAUGGCUGGACAAGAUCGAUCGUCGCUAUGCCUGGAUCAAGCGGCAACUGGUAGACUAUGAGGAGAAAUAUGGACGCAUGUUCCCGGAGGAAUGGUGCAUGACAGAGCGUAUUGCUGUGGAGUUCUGCCACAUCACCAGGGUGGAACUGGCCAAAGUGAUGCGAACACGGGCUAAGGAGAUUGAGGUGAAACUGCUUCUGUUCGCCAUUCAGAGGACCACAAACUUUGAGGGUUUACUGGCCAAACGCUUCACAGGAUGCACCUUGACUGACGCACCUGGACAAAAGAGACCCGAGAGCCCCCUAGACCCAACCAACCCCUUCCUGGAGGAUGAGGCAGGUGAGGAUGUGGGCACAGAAAAGGAUGAAGAUCUCGCCAAGCCCAGGAAGCCCAAAGCUCCGGACAACCCUUUCCAUGGCAUUGUCUCCAAGUGUUUUGAACCUCAUCUAUAUGUCUACAUAGAAUCCCAAGACAAGAACCUAGGCGAACUGAUCGACCGGUUCGUGGCCGACUUCCGAGCACAAGGCCCACCCAAGGCGGGGACGGAGGAGGGCGGAGCAGUCCUGCCCAGCUGUGCUGACCUCUUUGUCUAUUACAAGAGGUGUAUGGUGCAGUGCUCUCAGCUGAGCACUGGAGAACCAAUGAUCGCCCUCACAACCAUCUUCCAGAAAUUCCUGAGAGAGUACGCUUGGAAGAUCCUCUCUGGAAACCUGCCUAAGUCCAGCAGUAACAGUGGGGGUCUUACCAUCAGCAGUCUUCUGAAGGAGAAAGAGGGCUCAGAAGCUGCGAAGUUCACUGUAGAUGAGCUGUGUCUGAUCUGUAGCAUCCUUAGCACUGCGGAGUACUGUUUGGCGACCACACAACAGUUGGAAGAGAAGCUAAAGGAGAAAGUAGACAAAGUCUUGGUGGAGAGAAUUAACUUGACUGGGGAGAUGGAUACAUUCAGCACUGUGAUCUCAAAUAGUAUCCAGUUACUGGUACAAGAUCUUGAUGCAGCCUGUGACCCUGCUCUUACUGCUAUGAGCAAGAUGCCGUGGCAGAGUGUGGAGCAUGUGGGUGACCAGAGUCCUUAUGUCACGUCAAUCAUCAUGCACAUUAAACAAAAUGUGCCAAUCAUCAGAGACAAUUUGGCCUCCACCCGCAAAUACUUCACACAGUUCUGCAUCAAGUUCACAAAUUCUUUCAUUCCCAAAUUCAUAAACCACCUGUUCAGAUGUAAGCCUAUCAGCAUGGUCGGAGCUGAACAACUCCUCCUCGACACCCACUCCCUGAAGACAGUCUUGCUGGAUCUGCCCUCCAUAGGCUCCCAGGUGCUCCGCAAGGCACCUGCCAGCUACACCAAGAUAGUGGUGAAAGGCAUGACGCGUGCAGAGAUGAUACUUAAGGUGGUGAUGGCCCCACAUGAACCGCCAGUGGUGUUUGUUGAUAACUACAUCAAGCUCCUGGCUGAUGGCAAUCCUGAGACCUUCCAGAAGAUUCUUGACAUGAAGGGUCUGAAGCGCAGUGAACAAAGCAGCAUGCUGGAGCUCUUCAGGCAGAGGCUACCCACUCCACCCUCAGGGGCUGACGGCGGGCCCUCUUUGUCCUUCAGUGCCCCCACCCCUGAGCAGGAAUCCUCCCGCAUCCGUAAACUAGAGAAACUCAUCAAGAAGAGACUGUGAACAGAUACACACUGAAAUCACAUCUUGAAAAUGAAAGAGGCUGCAGGAUGAGAACGUCCUCAGUCCGCAGUUAUUCAUCUCAAGGACUUCAUACUCCAUUCAGUCAUCGUGGAGAAUUACAGAAAGAGCAGAAAGUUGACUGAAUUUUCUGACUGACAGUAAUGUGAACCCAAGCUGUCGCUCGAUUAUGAAGAAACGUCUUCUACCGCUACUUGAUGUUGCUACAUAUGUCAUUUACUUCUGUAAUUUCACACAUUUGUCUUCAUGACACUAAUGUCUGAGCGUUGCAACAUUAGUACAUUGUUGCACAGUGUAUUUGCACUCACACGACAGAAUGAAGUGCUGUUAACUAAAUUCUGCUCAGAGAGCCACUGGCUGCCUCUCUGGGACAUGUCUAAUCCAGGAUGAUCAUAGGCAGGCUGAUUUUAAUUAAAGUUGAUGUUUGAAUAUAAUGUAAUUCACGGAUAACCAUGGCUUUCCUCAAUUAUUUUAAUUUAAAGUUGGAGAUACCGGGUUGAAAUUUGUGUGCAUCUCUGCCAUCCAUUAAAGUGGAUAUGCGUCAUAGGUGUCGGGAUUGUUUGUGUGGACGGUGACCUAAAACGAUUCACUGACGAGGCUUCCCCCAGCCAGGGACAAAGAGGAUCUUUGGAUUUCCUGCAACUUCAGUGAGACAUGAGGCCAUCUUUUAUCUUGGCAUUUAAAAAUCUCUUGGAAAAACAUUAACACUAACUGCAGUCUUUUAACUUGGGCCUCUGACUAGAAGAUGAUGGUGGGGGGGAUCAGCCACAACAUUAAAAACAGCACUUUUAAUGUUGUGGCUGAUCAGUGUACACUGUCUAUAUAAACACUUAAAAUUUAACCCUAUGUCUCAUUUGCACUGACAUAAAAGCAAGUGUCCAUUUAUCCAUCCAUUCAACCACACUCUACUUGCAGGCCGAAUUUCAAACUCCGCAGUUUGGUAAAGAAUAUCUUUAGUCAUAAAAAUGUACUGAGACAGAACAAGAUGGCUUUGUCUCAGCACUUUGCCAAGUGCCCUCUGGUUCUCUGAAGCUGCUCCCUCUUGUGUCCUCGGUGAUGUCAAAUUCAGAACAUCACAGCCUCUGGAAGAGACACUAAACCUAUUUGCAGUCUGUUCCCUGGUCAUGGUCGCUGAAUUUCAUGUCAGUGCCUCUCAGCUUCUCAAGUCCUUGUAGAUCAAAUACAUGUUAAUGCAUUAGUGUAAAUAUUCCUGCCUUCAGGUACAAAAUGUUUGUAUUGUGUGAACUGUGUGCUACACAGGCAGUUGUUGAGCACUAUUAAAACAUUGCCACAGA